UAUAAAUAAAUUUUGAAGUGUCGGUAUCACAUAAAGAACUGUUUAGCAAUGUCAAAUUUAAAGAACAUUAAAAAUCGAUCCAAAUUUUACGAUCAACAGGAUGAAAAGAGAACCCACAAGCGGCGCAGGAAGGUUGCUGCCCGAUUGGAUGCAAAACCAAUCCAGGACGAGCCCGUAACGUCGAGUGGGGAAGGACUAUAUCCUCGGAUCAGCCGUAUGAUGACACAUCCGAACGAGCCAAGCAACCUGCACCCGCCGAGGAUGGAUUCGCGGCAGAUCCCUCCGUGGCAGGCCAGCCCUACAGCCUAUUUAGGAUAUCGUUUCCGAUUGGGGAGAUAGAUAUAGAGUCCGCUUUGUGUUAAUAGAAGUGGGACAGCUGAAAUCAAAGUUUGCGCCGGUCGAUAUUCGCCGGAUCGGCUCUCUGGCGGAAACACUUUGGACCUCCUAUUACCGCCCACCUCGUUUUCCUAUUGCAGCCCGCACCAUGACGACACUAAGUGGCAUUCAAGUUGCAUCCAAUCCGUACCGUACCCCGUCCUCUGUCUUUCUGGUGUCCGCUUGCCUGGCUUGUGGUUUGAGUUUAAAGUUUAAGUGGCGCAAAAUCAGCGCUCAUGCAGUGGAAGAAAUUGUGCAAGUUUUCAGCUAACGAAUAUAAAGUACCAAAUUAUAACUUGUAAUGUAUUUUCUAGAAAUAUUUUGUACUACUAAUUUUUAAGUA